GACACAGGUGGUUUGUGCCUGAAUGUUACCAGGGUAUAAACAUGGAAGUUGGUCUCUUGUGCUAGAACUUAAAAGAAGGGAAAACACAGUUGUAAUUGAUCAUCAGAUGAUUAUUAGUCAAAUGAUCUAUUAACAAACCAUUUUAGUUGUUUACUGUUAUGCCUGAGCGUGCAUGGACACAUUUGUAUUGUGCCGGACAUGUCCAUGCAUAGAAACUGAGUUAAAUGAACAGCAAAAGCGUGAAGAAGGAAUGGCACCAGUAUCAACAGUGACCUAAUAACACCAGAGGUCUAAACUAUGAGUGGUGGUUAUGACGUGGAAUUGUUUGUGGACACUCCAGACUAUGACCUAAUCUGCACCAUAUGCCGGGGUGUUCUACGGUGUCCAGUACGAGUUGCAUGCAACCAUGUAUUCUGCAAAAAGUGCAUUUUACAAUGGCUUAAAAGACAGGAAACCUGUCCCUGCUGUAGAAAGCCUGUCAAUCAGAGCUUUAUAUUUGUGAUGUACAAGCUGAGUAAGUCCAUCAGCCGUUUACGAAUCAAGUGUAAAAACGAGACUCAUGGCUGCGCCGCUACCUUCCCGCUCUCGGAGGAGUACUGCCACAGCACGGCCUGCCAGUACGAGCCGGUGCCCUGCCCACACCAGGGCUGCGGGGCGCAGGUGCUGCGGCGGGACCUGGAGGCGCAUGCCCAGCGCUGCGAGCACUGGCGCCAGCUCUGCCACAUGGGCUGCGGCACCCUGCUCUCCCUCCAGACCCAGGCCCAGCACAACUGCUACCGGCAGCUGCAGCAGGAGUACGAGGCCCAGCGGCAGACGCACCGCGCCAUCGCCGCCGCGCUGCAGAGGAAGAUGAGGAAGAUGCAGAGCACCAUGGCCCACAUGAAGAGGCAGAUUGGCCUGAUCUGCGAGAGCCUGGAGGUCAUGGACAGCCAGGAGGAGGUUGAGAACGCAGGCGAGACCACCGCCACCACCAGCAGCAGCAGCAGCAGCAGCAGCAGCAGUAGUAGCUCCUAAUGCAUUUUUCUGACUGUGGAGCCCUGAACUACAUGGCCUGAAAUCAGCAGUCUUAAAUGGGCUUGGAGGGACAUAAAAUCUAGAACUUUCUUUUUAAAUAAUUGGAACACUGGUCCCAUUGGAACAUUAGGAUGCAAAUAAUUUCACGCAAUCUAUAAUUUCAGAACAGCACCUAUUUAUGCUAUAUCAUUUAUUAGAAAAUAUAUGUACAAUAUGUACUAAUUAAUUACUGUACUAAUACAGAGUAUGAUGAAAUUUUUUUGGAUAGCAGGAGUUUUCUGUAAAUAAAACGUGCCACAUUUUGCUUUAGUGUUGCUGUUUUUAUAGCUUUCAGAAUGUUUGCUUUUCAACAGUAAUAUUAAAAACUCUUACGCUUUCUCAUAUGUUAUUGUACAGUUCAUUCAGGAGUUUAAUUUCAGCCCUGAAUUUAGACCACAAAUGUUUUAUGCUCUUAUAAUUUUUAUGGUUUUUAACAUAUGCAGUUUGAGAAAAAGUAUCUACCAUAUCGGGGGUGGUACAUAAUUUUAAUUUUUUACAUUUUUGCUAUUUAAGUAGUUCCUUAUAGGCAAUAUCAGCACAAAUACAGCCGUUCCUGUAAAAUGGUAAAACGAACAUGAAUGGACAUACCAUGAAAUAAAAGCUGAUUGUUUGUACUUU